AUAAGCUGGUCGACAAAUCCUUUGAGAUUGUUGGUGUUCAUGUGGCCAAAGCAAGCUAUGUUACCUUAAAAGCUCCCUCACGAUGAAACGUUUACCUAUGUACGAUUCCCACUGCAUGAGUUUUGAUCUAUGUAUUUUAUGCAAAUGGGUAAAAUCUACAUCAAAAGGGGAAACUUUUAUUUGGGAAGCUAAUACGAUAAUAAAAUGCGGUUUACUUACAUAUAGAUCUUGUUCCAUACAUAGUUGAAAUUAUAUAAGCUCAUAUUUUAAAUUUUGGUGUCGUCUACUACUUAUAAUCGUGUGUACAUUUAAAAAUAUGCAAAAUAUUGUCCGUCAAUGGUUGCCAAAAGUAAUGUAAAUUUGCAAUUGUUCAUCCAUGAAGAAUUCUAUGAAAAUUUUCAAUGAGUAUCGUUCAAUUUAAUUGUUGGGACUCAAGCACGAAAUAUUUACAUGCAGCUUUAACAGACCAACUAAACUAUACGCUGACCAAACUGCACAACAUUGUACUUAUGUACACGAAGGUAAACAUGUUUGUAAAUAGUUCUCGCAAUUUAUUUUAAACUCUAAAAACUUAUAAACUUACAAAAUUACUCUACAAAAAAAUAUGCAAAAGUAUUUUCUGCAUGUUGUGAAAUCUAAAUGUAAUUGGGAAAUUAAAUAAAGUAUAAUAAUUUAUCGUGACUUGACGUUCACCUGAAUAUUUUACUCCACGCUAUUGAAUGGCAGUUAAGAUAAGCUAAUUAUCGGAUGUAACACCAAAAACUCCCCAAGCCUAAUAAUUUAUAUUUAUCAUUUUGUGUCGGAUUUUAGAGUUCUACAGCUUAAAUUAAUCUUAAUGAGAUAAGAUUGAUGGAAUGAGACAGGAAAUUCGUGAGGAAAUAAUCUUUGAAAAAAUGUGAGCAUAAUGAGAAUGAAUAUUGGACACAAAUUCCUAUAUUUUGUUUAAUUCAAUUCCUUAAUUCAUUCAUUUAAUCAUUCAUAAAUCUUCAAAAGCAUUUACAUUCAGUUAAGAUCAAAACAUAUUAAAGAUAAGAUGAAAGAGGUGUCUAUGGAGGGAAAAUAUUUUGCGAUAAAUAAGGAACGAGAAGUUUCUGGACAUUUCAACGUCCAUGACUCUCACAGGACAAUGUUAUCUGAUGCUCAAAAAUGUGAAAAGUUCUCAGGAAGAAGUACGUAGGCGUUUCCCUCAAAAUAUUUGGCACCUUAGACAAUAAUAUUUGAAGAAACCUCCUGAAUCGCUGCAAUCAUUGGAAGUUGCAUUAUUGUGAUGGUCACUUUCCAAGGCAAUCUAUUAGCUUCAACUUUGAAUCAUACUCUAAAACUGGACAUAAAACGGCGAAGAUAUUUAAUUUUAGGAGUGCGAAGUUUUUCGUGUUACAGACGAUGCAUAACGUGUAUGUGACUAAAAUACAUAUGCAAUCAUCAUAACACCACGAAAAAAGCAGCACCAUGGUCAACGCAGAUACAAAGAAGGUAAGCUCAUUCCCUGCAUAUUCUUCAACUCUGAUGACGAUGGCAAAUUAGUACAUUCAAAAUGUAAAUACUUAGGAGGGGAGCUUGCGAGAUGUAGACGUAUACUUUCAAACAUUUGGAAAUUUCACAGAAUCUGAGAAAGAUUCUCAAUACAUCUCAUUGACUUUUGUCAGAUAGUGAUGACUGAGAUGUGGAAAUGAGAAAGAGGAGGACAAAAGUAAAAAAAAUCCCAACGCAAAAGUUGCACACACCUAACAAAAGAAAACCUAGCCCUUGCAAAGAUUCAAUCAUGGAACGUGAUGCCCCACUAACGACUCGUCCCACUGCCACAGAAAACGCGAGCAAUGAGACCACCAUAAAUGAUUCACCCCGAAAUUUUGCACCACCUGCUGCCUGCUCUGAAAAACUGAAUUCCCCGGGAACUGGCACACCCCCAAUGUCACCGACCGAGCUGCAAUCGUCUCCUUCUUCUCCACUUGACACUGACCAUGAAAUUUCAUAUCCAGUGGUGCUAGAAGACUGCGAUGAAUACCAAGAUUUCCUUGUCCGAAAUGUUGGCACUGAUCCGUACAACAGCGACUCUGAUUCAGAUAGCAUAGAAAUUAUUUAUGAAAAUAUAUCUCGAAAAUCUCGUUCAUCAAGUUUAUCAUUGCACAAAGAUGGCCCAAUUCGCUCCUCUCCGCAAUUGGACACCACCACGAAUAACGAUUCAACAGGCACCUGCUCAACCACCACUGACAUGCUGGACGAAGGUAGUAAAGAAUCAGAAGAUACUCAUCAGGCAGGCGUCAAUGACGACGUGUUAGCUGGAGAAGAAACGGAAAUCAAGAUGUCAGACCAGACUAAUUUGUCAUCAAAUGACCCGCCCUGCACUUUUCUGAGUGAUGACAAUGCUAUAUCCCCCAUCAAAAGUGGAUUUGUGCCAAAAGAAGACUCCUCGGAGGACAUUGGGACGGAAGCAAAGGAAAUGAUGCCACCUUCUGGCUCUGUACAACUGAUUGAUCCCACACAACAACCCGAAGUAACUCUGCACACGAAUGAGAUUUGGGAUUUGGAUGAUCAAAGCACUUUCUUCGAAUUACCGGAAGGUUGGGAGGUAAUAGGGGUCGUUGAAUCUGCAUUAACGGAGGACAGCGUGGUGGGAAAUGACAUCUCUUCAAAUUCACUCACAUCAGAGGAACACGGGUCGUCGUCCAUUGGGGAAAAGGUGAACACAUUUUUGGACAGUCUACUUUCUCCCGAGCAUCAAAAUGGUACACAAAUAGCUGUCCUGCGAGAUAUCAAUUCGGAGCACGUGGAUUCAGACCUAAUAACUCUUGAACAUAUUCACCCUCAACUUGAAUUAUUAUCCACCGUGCAUAAUUCUAAUUCUGCCGGGGUUGGGUGGGCCGAGACUUUAAAUAGUUUGGACUUGGGAACAAUGAAGGGUUUACAAGGCAAUGAUGGAAAUAAACUCUCGUCCUGGAGUGAUUCAGAUUUCAUAUCUCAGACAAUAGAUCAUGAAGAAGUGAUACCUGCGGCAGGAACGGAGUGCAGGAAUUCAGACAAUGGGGAAAAUGAGAUUCCAAUUAUUAAAAAGUAUACCAAGCGUCUGUGUCGUAAAUCCCGUAAACAGAGGGACAGAGAACAUUCUGCAGUACAUUUACACAUUCACAACUUUGGUGGGGAAUUAGUCCACCCAAGACCACGCCAGAACUCGGUGGCCAGAGCUUUGAAAUUAAUUCGUCAGAGCAAACACAAAUAUCAGAAUAUAAAAAUUGUAAGGAUGACAAGAAAACGACGUCGUAAAAAACGUUGGGCUAAAACAACAAAUCAAAAUGCAAGGAAAAGCCCGGACAUGCCCACAAUAAGAAAUAUUUUAUCAGACGAGGAUUCUGAAAUCAGUGUGCAAAAGGAACAGCCGGAGGAUCUGAGUUCCGCAGAGUUUUGGAGAUUGGAAUGGACAAGGUCAAGAGAAUUAUACUCGAAUAUCUCGGAGGUUUCUUCGCCACAGUCAAGUGCCAAUACUCCUCCCCCGUCUGAAGUUGGCGAGGCAGAAGAGGCGCAGGUUCAACCUGACCAAGUUUCUCCAAAUAUGGAUUCAACUGGUGGACCCUAUUCUACGACUUUGCAAACAAGACUAGAAACUCUGCCUGAAGAGCAACAAGUGAGCACAGCUUUGUUAGAUAGACAUGCAAUGAGUUCCAGUGAUGGAAGAAUGAGAUAUGCUGAGAACUCGAAGGAUAGCACACAUCACGAGGAAAUUCGUCCACCUGCAACUGUGACACUACACUAUCCACACGAGCCCAUAAUUGAUGACCCAUUACCAUCUAAUCACCCACCACCAUUGCAAAUUUGGCAACAAACAGCCCACCGCCCUGUUGACUCCCCACCGCGACCCCAUGCAUACACGCCGAAUGAUAAUGAAAUAUUGCAGCAACACAUUACCGAAUACCGAAAAAAGUUGUCCCAGUGUAACGUAUGCAUGAAGAGCUAUUCCUUUCCGAGUGUGGCAUCAUUGUGUCUCCGAACCCACGGCAAAUCCAAAUGCUGGAUCUGCUUCAUGUUGAUUUCUUUUAGAAAAGGGUCAUUUGCGAAGCACAACAAAGCCUUUCACCCUUUUGGCGAGAAGUGUGGGUUUUGUCCACAUGUGGAUGUGGUUCUUGAAAUUAAUCUAGGAUUCCGACAACAUAUGGAACGUGACCAUUUUUACAUUCCGGACGGUCUUUGGAGUGUAGAUUUGAAGGAAAAACUGAAGUCAAAAAGAGGUCGCAAAAUUACGAAAAAUCAUCGCACCCCUUCAGCAGGCGGUGACCAGAAUAACGAGAAUGAGGAAAAUAAGGCUUCGGAAUCCUGCUCACUGAACCAGCCUCUGGAGGUACAAAUUGAGACUGGUGCACAACAACAACAAUCAGAACCAGGCCAAAACUUUGAAAAUAUUAUAAUUUCGCAUCGACGAAAUAGCAAAGAACAAAUGAGUUGUAUGCCACCCAUCAAACCUGGUGGACAGAAUAAUGGAGAUCUAAUUAAUUUGAUUCAAAAUCACCCGCAAUCAGGUCGAGCAUCAGAAUGUGUGGAAAACGACAACCCAAAAGUCUCCACGACUUCUACAAACUUAAAUUCUCAAACCAAUUGCACUAAUAAAUAUUGGACAUCGUCGACCCCGUCACAAGCUAGAUUACCCGAGCUGUUAGACGACCCGAGACAAGGAUACAUCUCCGUCAUCGUGCCAAAUACUAGACAGCAAGAAAGUACUUGCAAUGCAGCCUCUACCAGUAAGGGCAAUGAAGCAGCAGCGACAAGCAUGAAUAACUAUCAUGCUAACCAAAGCAUGAAUAUCAAUAAUUACAACCAGAAUGAUAACGAUACAAAUGAGGAUGACCAGGAGCGUGAGAUAAUAGAUUCUCAUGCCACCUCUUAUUCGACCAACUGCCAAAACUCGGGGGACGCUUUGAAUGAUCGACGGCAUCAGUAUCCUGGUGCCAGUUAUCACGACUAUAAUCGCCACGGUCCAUACCAAGAGAACAACUACCCCCAGGGGCCCACGUCACAGGAUAAUAACUACAACCAACAACAUCGCUAUGGCACGCCGGUCAGGUUUAUCAGUCAAAAUCAGGCCCAAGUGGGUGGUCCCGAUAUUUUUAUAUCCAAUGCACAUUACCCAUAUCAAAUCUGCACUCGUGAUUCGUCCCCCUAUUUCUGUCCACCCAUCUUAAACAAUGGGAACAGGUUUCGAAAUAAUCAAGAGGUCCAACUUGAACAAGAUUGGAAUCUGGGACUGGAAAUUUCGAGAGGAAAUGUUGUUGUCGAUCCGUCAAGCAGGCUUCGCAUUUCAAUGCAGCGACCAUUUGAAACUUAUCCCUCAUUUCAUGCAACUGCACAAAACAGAGCUCCCCCAGUUGUUGGUCAGGCCCCACCUGGUUCGACCGCAUCCAACUAUAAUUGUGCCAACAAGUUUGUGGGACGAUGCAAACCUGUACUCGAGGCAAUUCUUAACGGAGCAAAAGUGCCAAUUUUACUGACCCCGCUUGAAAUAAAUACCGUCAGCUCCGCCAUUUCGACCUGGUUUUCCACAAUCACUCGAGGACAAUUCUUAAAGUUGAAGCAAGUUGGACCCACUGUUUGUGCGUUCAUCAUGUCUUCUGCAAAUCUGCCAAGAUCUCAGGAGCAACCCUUGUCAAAUGAUUUCUGGGAGUGUCUCCACACUCUCAACAAUUGGUUACAAUAAUUACAAUGGAUAUGACAUUUUUAGGUUACUUAAUGGUAAAAAAAUAUGAUAUGGAACGCUUAACAAAAAUAUCACAGCGUUCAUUUUUAAGCGAAUUUAGAGAAUAAUUUAUCAUUUGUCAUUUUACAUAUCUAUGUAAAAUGCAUGCGUUAUUUGUAUCAACAUAUUCUUUCAUGAAAUAUAGCUGUAAGUUAAUGAUUAUAGAUCGUAGCGAUUAUAGAUUGAUUAUAGAUUGUAUCCCAGAUUGUAGCGAGAAAGACCAAAAAGUGAAGAUAAAGGUUCCAAGAUGAU